AUGAUAAUAUUGUUCUUAACAGGACUCUUCACACUGUCUACAUGUGUUAAUCAUCAGUAUCACUUUGUGAAUGUGACUAAGAACUGGACUGAAGCACAGACACACUGCAAAGAACACUACACUGACCUGGCCACUAUUGAAAACCAAGAGGACACAGAUGAGCUGAUUAAAACUGUUAAAGGAGAUGUUGAGCGUGUUUGGAUUGGACUGGAGAAGAGUGGUGAUGAGAGGUGGCAGUGGUCUCUGGGAGAUCCAGCAUUCUACAGAGAGGGAGAAAUGGAGUUUACAAACUGGGAUGAAGACGCACCAAAGGAUGGGAGCAGUUCUGAGGACUGUGUCGUAAUUAGAGGAAAUGGAAAAUGGAAAAACAAGGCAUGCACAGAGAUGAAACCCUUUGUGUGUUAUGAUGACAAGCCGAUACUGAUCAAUAUGAAUCUGACCUGGAGUGAAGCUCUAAAUUGCUGCAGAGGGCAUCGUAUGGACCUGGUCUCAGUUCACUCAGAGAAGAUUCAGAAGUGGGUGAUGAAGAGGGUUGAAAAGGCCUCCACUGAUCAUGUGUGGCUGGGUUUACGUUACAGCUGCUCUCUGGGCUUCUGGUUUUGGGUGAGUGGAGAAUCUUCCUGCUACCAGAACUGGGCUCCAGGGAAUGGAACUGUGUUGGAGGAGUGUGUAAAUGAAGGAAGAACUGGAGCAGUUGAGACCAGAGGAGACAAAAAAUGGAUCAGCCUUCCUGAGAAUAACAGACUGAACUUCAUCUGCAGCAACUAUGAAGGAGGAGAAGAGGGCCCUGAAGCAGGCUGGCAAGUGAAUGCACAAUCCUUGGGUGGUCCCCCGGGCCAGAUCCACCAGAUCCUGAAAACCAGCGGGCAGCUCAUGGGUGGCUCGCUUGUCCUUGAUGGCCUCAGACAAGCUGCCAAGAAAAGCAUCUUACUGGGCCUCUGUAUUCAGGGAAAGGUAGUGGGCCAGAGCUUGAAAACUAGAGAUCAUUGCAAGAGGAGGGACCUACAGGUUCCUGGUUUGCCAUUAGCUCAGCGCCAACUGGAUCUGCUGGCCAUGCUGGUCCGAGUGGCAGAGAAGGGCUCCCUCGACUGGUUUAUGGCGGCAAACUGGCUCUCAUGUCUUCCCAACAGCUCACCCUUUGAGAGAGAGCUUCUUGCAGCUGGGGGUCUGCGGGGGUCUGCUGAGUCCAUUCUGGUCAGUUUGUUCUAUCAGGAUAAACUGUUGGGCUCAGAUGCAGACCGACAGAUAAUUGAUCCUCAGGAGUUUUAG